GGAUUUUGGCUCGGCGGAUCCCAAGGCAACGCGCAAGCGCAGUUCAGAUGCGGGCUGCAGACUUCAGCUCAUUGUGUCUGAGUGCGAUGUGGUGGUUGCAAUCUCUCGCCGCCGGCGGAGGCUCCGCGAAGGGCAGCUCGGUGGUGACCAGGCGCGAGGGCCAGAGCCGCAGGGGGGAGAGUGGGAGCGGCCGUGGGGUGGUCGGGCCUCAGGAGACGGGACUGGGUGGGGUGGGAGGGAUGGAGCCAAAGAGAUCCGGGUCGUGAUCCGUUCUGGAGGAUGCCCAUCGAGUGCCGCAAACUUCCCGGAAUGUGUCUGUGAGAUUCGACUGCAAACAGAAAGGGAGUUGGGAGGGCGGCCAGAGGUGUGUAGGCAUUGCCAGUCCCAGGAGCCCCCUGGCUGCAAAGCUCUACACCUUCCUCCCUGGCGCUUGGCCUGUCCCCGAGAGGGCUCAUCAAGGAAGGAAUGGCUGUCAGCCACCUGCCAGCCACAGUCCAGGGCUUGGUGACAUUCAAGGACGUGGCCGUGCUCUUCACCCAGGAAGAGUGGGGCCGCCUGAGCCCUGCCCAGAGGACCCUCUACCGGGACGUGAUGCUGGAGAACUACAGCCACCUGGUCUCUCUGGGACUCUUAGGAGCCAAGCCAGACAUAUUUUCUCAGCUGGGAAAAGGGGAAGAAUGGGUCCCAGAGGAUGGCUCGGGAAGCUUCUGUCUUGACGGGAUGACUCUGCCUGUGAAAAAGAAAUUUACUCUGAAAGCAGACGUUCCCGAAGAAUUGCAUCAGUGGGCAGGGAAGGAGCGAGGCGCUAGCGGCGGACGCUGGAGCUGCGUCCGCGGAUGGCAGUGCCGGGAACGCCAGGUGGCGCUCGCUCAGCAGAACACCCCUGCUGGGGCUAGCGAGCAGGGUCGCGGUGAACCUGGCAAGGGCCGUGCCCUGAGCUCAUCUCCUGUCCAGAGGCAGGGAUUUCAACCUAGCAAAAAAGCCUUUGAGUGUAGUGAGUGUGGGAAGGGCUUCUCCAGGAGCUCAGCCCUUAACAAACACCAGAAAACUCACAGUGAGAACCUGAGCAGCCAUCAGAAAGCCUACACGAAAGAGAAGCGCUAUGAGUGCAGAGAAUGCGGCAAGGCCUUCCACCAGAGCACACACCUCAUCCACCACCAGAGGAUCCACACUGGUGAGAAACCUUACGAAUGUAAGGAGUGUGGCAAGGCCUUCUCGGUGAGCUCAUCGCUGACCUACCAUCAGAAAAUUCACACCGGAGAGAAACCUUUUGAAUGCAACCUGUGCGGCAAAGCUUUCAUCCGAAACAUCCAUCUUUCCCACCACCACAGGAUACACACCGGAGAGAAACCUUUUAAAUGUAACGUUUGUGAAAAGGCCUUUGUGUGCCGGGCGCAUCUUACAAAGCACCAGAACAUUCAUAGCGGAGAGAAACCCUAUAAGUGUAACGAGUGUGGCAAAGCCUUCAAUCAGAGCACGAGUUUCCUCCAGCACCAGAGAAUUCACACCGGAGAGAAGCCCUUUGAAUGCAAUGCAUGUGGCAAGGCCUUCAGGGUCAACUCCUCCCUCACCGAGCACCAGAGAAUUCAUACCGGAGAGAAACCUUACAAAUGCAGCGAAUGCGGGAAGGCUUUCAGAGACAAUUCAUCCUUUGCCCGGCAUCGGAAAAUCCACACUGGAGAGAAGCCUUACCGAUGUGGCUUGUGUGAGAAAGCCUUCCGGGACCAGUCGGCCCUAGCCCAACACCAGAGAAUUCACACCGGCGAAAAGCCUUACGCCUGUAAUGUAUGUGGAAAAGCCUUCAGUGACCACUCGGCCCUUACCCAGCAUAAGAGGAUCCACACAAGGGAAAAGCCUUACAAGUGUAAAACCUGCGGGAAAGCCUUUAUCCGGAGCACACACCUCACUCAGCAUCAGAGGAUUCACACAGGAGAGAAGCCCUAUAAAUGUAGCAAAUGUGGGAAGGCCUUCAACCAGACUGCAAACCUCAUUCAGCAUCAGAGACAUCACACUGGGGAGAAGUGACGUGGAGGAGCCUAGAGACUGAAGAGAUGAAAUAACGGACGAGGGAGCACCCAGGUCGGGGAACCAGGGAAAGCCUACGUCACGGUCGGCUUUUAUACUGAGCUUUGCACUCUCGUGGGCUUUGAGAAUUUAAGGAGCAGCAAACACUCUUGAUUUCAUAGUACUGCCUUAAUUGAAUAGCAGUGCUAUUGAUUACUAGUCUGAAUUACUGAGAAUCAGAACCAAAAUAGAGCUUCAUUAACAACAACAUAAGAGUUGGCUUAUUAGAUUUACAUUCUAUUAAGAGAAAUUAUGAAAGUGUAAAGAUUAAGGUCGAGAAGCAAGGGACAAAAAAAAAAAAAAAAAAAAAAAAAGAUAAAAAUGGCCCACAGGCAUUCACUGUACCAGCCUAGCCUACAGAAGGGAAUUGCUACCUCUGAAUGGAAGCUCUGUCCCUACCCUCACUCCUCAGGCCCGUGCAGCAGCCCGGGAAUUAUUUAACUUUAGCUUCCGCAUUCCUGUUUCAAACCCUUUUUGUCAGUUUUCCUGAUCCAUCUGUCCACUGGCUCCUUACCUCUUCUGGGGACAGUUGAGUUCAUCUGAUGGGUGUGACCCUCCUCUGACAGCAGCUCCUGUUAGCAUCAGGCUCCUUAUCUCCACUGUGUUAGCCCUGGGGCCCGGUGAAGUUCUGAUCGCAGUCCAUGAUUCUGGACAUCACUCCCAAAUGCAACCAUCAGAACCUGGGAUCUCUCCCUAUCCCUCUCUCUCUGGGACGUAAAAUUGGAUCAAAGUCCUUAACCUACCCCGUUCCUGCAGGCCUUCCCUUGACCCUAACCCCGGGGUGAUACCUCAAGUAGGGGCUUCUCCUGUUCAACUGUUCCCCUCCGUCUCUGUACUGUAGCUGGUUAGGCUACAGAGGUCAGGGAUGUGUUUGGCAUCAGGGGUGAUGAUCCAGGCCCUCCACUUCUGUGCCUCGCCAUUUCCCAGUGUGCAGGUUUCAUAAGAACUGAGACCCACCCCUGAGGCCAGUUCUGUAGGUGCUCCGACCCACUCACUGCAUGGUCCUUUGUGUCCCUGCAGGAGGGCACGUUUGCUUCUCCCCGGAUACUGAACUGCUGCAGCCUGGUGCUUGUCUUGCUUCUAUCACUGUAUUUUACAGUGAUGAGAAAGCAGAGAGCUUUGAGACUCUGCUUUUGCAUCUGAAAGGUUCACUUCCUCUCCAUCGAGGGAAUCCACUACUUCAGGAGUCUCCCAUUCUGCCCGUGGUGAGCCGCGUGUUGAAGAAUUCCCUGGGUCCAGUGGUGAGCGCUAGCACCCUUGGUGACAUUCUCGGCAGGGCCAGCGCCCAUGCCCUGAAUUGUGAGUGAACACCAGGCCCGCGGGUUCCUUCACCCGUUUUCAUCCUUCGGUGCUUGUAGCAGAACUCCCAGAAUAACAUCUGUGUGCCUUCACACACACACACACACACACACACACAGCAUCUGGGGGCACGCUCCCCUUGCCCACCACGAGGAAAGGGGGGCCUCUGCUGCUGCCGGCCAGAACACACUGUGCAAUGAAGAUGGAAGAAGCAGUGUAGGAGCAGCAUUCCAGGGAGCAGAGUGGCAGGCAGGUUCCUGGUUUGAGGACCUGUCGGCCAUCAGUCUGGGGGAGCUCCAAGCCCCUCUGAGUGCCGCCCCUCAGCUCCCCGUUAAAGAGGACAUUGUAUCAGGUUGGACUCCAGGGUGUUACGUAGACCUAGCAGCUUCCAGGAGCUUCAGAGCCCAAGUUCUCUAAAUUCAGCAUCUGUUGGGCACAGGUCCCCUGUGCGGGCAGGCAGCUCCUAUCACAUGAUCAGCACUUGGCACUUUGUCCCCUUCAGAUGGGUGUGAAGCAGCAUUUCAAGAGGUCACUUGGGGCUGCCUUUGCCACGAGCCCCACCUGCUCACCUGCUGGGACAGCCCCAGAUUCCACAGGAAACCCGGCGGCCAUGUGCACUGCUGCAAUAGCUUCCAAGUCCUGACCGCCACUCCCCACCACCCAAGCCACCUUUGGCUUGAGUCCCUAAGGAGUGAAUUUCUAAGCUUGAGUUAG